UAAUUAUUAUUAUUAUCAUCGUUAUUAUUAUAAACUGAUACUUCAUUAUUAGCCAACAGCAAUCUGGCACGUUGUAAAAAAAUGAAGUAUAAUAGUGGGAAUCAGGUAAAAUGAUUCUAAUUCAUACAAUUGUAUAUUCCUCGAGAGAAAUAAAUGGUUAUGAAAAACCGUCUUUUAAUAUAAAAUUCCUUUGACUACUGUUUGAGAUGAAAAUUCACGAAAUUUUAACUGUCAAGUAUGUUUUUUUGCUACUUGUGUUUUUUGAAUAUAUUACUCAAGCUCUCUGCUUGGAAGUAAUUUAUGCAAUUAAUGCUGGUGGAGAAACAUUUACCGAUAGUUUUGGAAUUAAAUACAUACGAGAUCCAUUAAUGGGGAAAGUUGGGACCGCUUCGGACUAUGGAAAACAAUUAAUUAUUGGCCGAAUAAAUCCUGCAGAUCAAGCUUUGUAUCAAACAGAGCGCUAUCAUCAUUCAACUUUUGGCUACGAUAUUCCUAUUAGUGAAGAUGGCAAGUAUGUGAUGAUACUAAAAUUUUGCGAGGUUUACUUCAACUCCCCAAAUAUGAAGGUAUUCGAUGUUGUUUUGAAUGGUGAUCAUACAGUCGUUACUGAUUUGGAUAUUUUUGAGAAAGUUGGAAGAGGUGUCGCUUAUAACGAGUACAUUCCUUUCACAAUACAAAAGGGUAAAUUAAUGUACAAUAACGAGGAAUCUGAUAUUCUUGGAGGAAAAAUAAGGGUGGAAUUUAUUAAGGGCUAUCGGGAUAAUCCUAAAAUAAAUGCAAUAGCUGUAAUCAAAGGAGUUAUCGAUGAUGUACCAAAAUUGGGUCCAAUACCUCCAGAACCUGAUGAAUACCAUGGAAAUCAAGAAGAUGAAGAAGAAUCACCAAUAAAAGCUAGACAUCCAAGUGGUCCUCGCACACCAGAUCCAUAUUCAAUUGAUGAUUCCUCAAUAAUGCUGCCUGUCUUUGUUGCUAUUGGAGCAUUUAUACCUCUUUUGUUUUGUUUAUGCAAACUUUAAAUAUUGUAUGUCUAAUAGAUGACGAGGAUAUAGUAAAAAAUUAUUAUGCUUAGUUAUAGACCUUAUAGUUUAAAUAUUAACAAUAUUCCAUGCAAUUUUAAUAUACAUUAAAAACAAACUAUUUUUUAUAUCUAUAAUUGCUUUAAGUGAAAGAGGAAAUUGCAAAAAAAAAACAUCCAAAAGUCAUCUAAGUCAUAGUAAACAAAUAUAUUAUAAUGUACUUAAUUUAUUAAAUUUACUUAAUGAAUUUUUUAUUUAUUUUUAUGGAUGAAUAAGUGUAUAUGUAAAUAAAAGAAUUAAUAAUAUAA